AUGGCCAAAACAAUCACAUCUAUCGCAGCCCAUGCGGCUCUCACGACAAUUCUCCUCGUUGCUUCCACUGUCAUCUCAGAUGAUACAACGCCGGCACCCGCCGACAAGUCACAACUAAACAACUGGUUCAACGGCAUUGUCAAGCCGUACACGCAGCGCACGGCUACUCUAGACCCCGCACUAGUGGUGGCUGAGAAGAGUGCUAGAGUUAUUAGGGUUAGCAAAACUGGAGGUGGAGGGGGAAAUUUCAAGACCGUCUCCGACGCCAUUAGAAGCAUUCCGCCGGGGAAUACCAAACGUGUCAUUGUGUAUAUUGGACCUGGAGUAUACCAUGAGAAAAUUAAAAUCGAACGGACUAAGCCGUUUGUUACUCUAUAUGGAUCGCCCGGAAACAUGCCAACUUUGACAUUUUCCGGCACGGCGGCGCAGUAUGGAACAGUUGAUAGUGCCACCUUGAUUGUGGAAUCUAAUUAUUUUGUUGCCGCAAACCUUAUUGUUGUGAAUUCAGCGCCAAGGCCUAUUGGGGAACACCAGGGAGGGCAGGCAGUUGCAAUGAGGAUCACUGGCGACAAGGCUGCCUUCUACAAUUGCAAAUUCAAAGGGUUUCAAGAUACUCUCUGUGACGAUCGGGGCAACCAUCUCUUUAAGAACUGCUACAUCGAAGGCACUGUCGAUUUCAUUUUUGGGAGCGGCACUUCACUUUAUUUGAACACUGUGUUAUAUGUACUUGGGGAUGGCGGAUACACGGCGAUCACAGCACAUGCAAGGGAACUUACCACGGAGAGCAAUGGAUUCUCGUUUGUCCAUUGCAGCGUAACUGGCACUGGAAAGGGUACAUACUUGGGAAGAGCAUGGAGACCCAGUUCCAGAGUGGUUUACUCCUACACUACCAUGAGCGGCAUUGUCAAUCCUGCUGGAUGGAGCGAUAACUCCCACCCAGAACGUGACAGAACUGUUUACUAUGGAGAAUACAAAUGCUCGGGACCAGGUUCAAAUCUUUCUGGUCGUGUGAAUUAUGCAAAGCGAUUGAGUGACGCUGAAGCCCGACUCUUCCUCACCCUUCGCUUUAUUCAGGGUUCCUCAUGGUUGCUCCCUCCUCCAAUGCUGUAA